AUGAAAGCUAUCUCACGACUCGUCGUCUUGAGUUUCUUGCCUGUUAUUAUCGCUUCGUUGUUGUCGGCGCCUACACCGGUUUCCACGGCUACAAACACUAUUUCUGCAUCGGGAUCAUCAUCAACCCCGUUCUUGAUCCGGAAAGAUUGGAGGAAUGGGAAUCCUCGGGAGGGAUUCCAAGCUUCUAGACCGAGCGAAACGAGUGAAGAAGAUGCGUUAAUCACAGCCGCGCCAAGUGCAGAAGAGAUUCAGCUUCAGGAAAAAUAUCAUCAGACUACUUAUUGGAGUUGUGUUACGCUGCAGACUUUUGUGCAUUGUGGAUGGCAUGAACCUAUUCUGGCGGGAGGAACAGAGAUUGCGGGGGCUUCUUGUGGAUCAUGUAAUGUUGGGAAAGUGGCUUUGAUGGCGGCGGGAGCUGUGGUGGUUGCUGGAGUUUUGUGA